UAUUGUACCUUGCAGUGGAAGCAAAACCAACCCUUUGGAUCUUCCUGUCUUUCUUCUCUGCUCUCUUCUUUCUGUCACCCUAAUUCCUUUCUUCCGUCGGGUUUAUAAUGGCCGAGACAUCUAAUGGAAAUCACACUGUUGUGACUGUGAGAGGCGUAGAUGCCACCAUUAUUCCUCCUCUGCCGGCCGAGCCAUCUAAUGGAAAUCACACUGUUGUGAGUGUGAGAGGCGGAGAUGCCACCGACAGUCCUCCUCCGCCGGCCGCCAGUUCGUUCAAAGACUUCAACCUCGGUUGCUCUGUUCCUUUCAUGCAGAAGCUGAUGGCGGAGGUGUUGGGCACAUUCUUCUUGAUAUUUAUCGGAUGUGCAUCGGUGGUGGUCAAUUCCAACGAGAACAAAGUGGUGACACUUCCAGGGAUAGCAAUGGUGUGGGGUUUGGCCGUGACGACUCUGAUUUACUCUCUUGGUCACGUUUCCGGAGCCCAUUUCAACCCUGCUGUCACCAUUGCUUUUGCAAGCUGCAAGAGAUUUCCUCUCAAUCAGGUUCCGGCCUAUAUGGCUGCUCAGCUUCUUGGAUCAACACUGGCUGCCGGAACUCUUCAAUUAUUGUUCAUCGGAAAGAAUGAUGUUUUUUUUGGAACAUCCCCACAAGGAUCAGAUUUGCAAGGUUUUGUGAUGGAGUUCAUCAUCACAUUCUACCUCAUGUUUAUCGUUUCCGGUGUUGCCACCGACAACAGAGCUAUUGGAGAAUUAGCAGGACUGGCUGUUGGCUCUACUGUGCUGAUUAUCGUGUUGUUUGCAGGGCCAAUUACAGGAGCAUCAAUGAACCCUGCAAGAACCUUGGGGCCUGCAAUUGUAUCAAACCACUGGAAAGGGAUAUGGAUAUAUCUAACUUCACCAAUUCUUGGGGCGGUAUCAGCGGCGUGGGUGUAUAACAUGUUAAGGGAGACAGGCAAGCCAUUUUGUGAGAUCACCAAAGCAGCCUCUUCCCUCGAGAGUGCAUAAAGCCGUUAACAUGACUCAUAAAAAGGGUUUAGUCAGGGAUGGAGCCUGAAAUUUAAGUUAAAGGGGCAAAAAGUUAAAAUCUUUUGUGAGUUAUUUAUUAGUUAAUGUUAAUACAAUUUAUAUUGGUUU